CCAAUCGCGCAGGCGCCGGUCAAAGUGAACUUGAAGCACCCGCACUUUCUCCUCACACUUUACAUUGUCAUCUGUGUCCAGUUAGCUAUGUUCCGCGCUCUGUUCGUUUUGCAAGUUUGGCUUGCGUUUGCUACAGGACAACUGGACGAAACUGCUUUCGGACCAGAGUACACCGUCGAGGAUACUCAGCAGAAAGAGAGUGAAGAGGAAAUCUUCCAGGACUACAUCCCGAUUCAAACUUCCAGAGAGCAGCACUUCCUAGAGGGGUUGAUCGUAGAAGCUGGAAUGCACGUUCUUUUUCCUCAGCUCUAUAUUCCAAAGGAAGAGAAUCUCCAAAGCAUGACACUAGAGGAGAGAAAGGGCCAACCAGAGAUCCCAGAAGACUACACAAAAAGCAAAAGGAAAGGUGAUUGCCCGGAUGCUUGUCCACUUUACAGUCCUGUAUGUGGCAGUGAUGGGAAAGUGUACCCUAGCGAAUGUCAUAUGCGGAAAGAAAAUUGCGGGUCCCAAAACGUCACUUCCUCUGGAUGGGAGAUUUGUCGUGGAAAGCACUACCUCUGUCCCUUCCGCUGCCUCGAUUUCAGCGAUCCAGUUUGCGCUUCGGACGGAAAGAUAUACCACAAUAUUUGCAUCAUGAGGAAACUCAACUGCGGGAAACUGUUACAAGUGCUGCCACUAAGGAAGUGCUAUGAAGACUUCCGCCAAUCUAAAGACGAAAGUUCCUGCCCCAAUACAUGCCCAGAAAUUUCCAAGCCUGUUUGUGGAAGUAACGGAAUCAUCUAUUUUAACGAGUGCUUCUUGAAGAUGAGAACCUGCAGUAUUAGUGAAGGAGUGGUGGCAGUAGCAAUGGAGAGUUGCGUGCAAGUUCCAAAAUGUCCCGAAGUUUGUCUUCCCUUCUACGAUCCCGUCUGCGGUUCUGAUGGACACCUGUACAUCAAUCGGUGCAGGAUGCUACAACAUAAUUGUGGGUAA